AUGCUUCAAUGGACCGGGGGAUUGCGGCGGAAGGUGAAGGAGGUAAAGAAGACCAUCGUGAUUUUUUGUUUCUUAUCCGUAUUCCCUUUAACCUGCUCGUUAUCUGUGCAGAAAACUCGUCAGGUUCAGAUUAAGAGACAGCGACAGUUCUUUGAGCAUCAGCGUCAGCAAACUUUUGAAGGAAGGCAACCACUUUCUCGUCCUCCUGAGAUUCCAGCAAAGUCUCUCGACAUCAUCAGUCUGCAAGCACUUGCUUGUAUUGGAAACUCUCCGCAAGAGUGUCCUGAUUCUCCUCAAGGUCGAACAAACUGUGCGCGUCGUAGUGCUCGUGAAGACGAUGAAGAGCCGAAUCAUAGGCCUUUCCAAGGAAAAAGGGUUGAUUCGUCCAACAUUUGUGAAAAACGCAUUCAACCGGUGGCAACUCUUUCACGUCUGGAGCCUGCUCGGCCACGCGAAAGAAGACUGGAUCACACUGAAAUUUCUUUACCUGAGAAGCUUCGACAACGGCCAAAGGAAGGUCCGGAUGAGUCACCACGCCCUUCUCGCGAGCACAGCCUCCUUCCAGGCGGUUUUUCCCUUGUGAAGCUCCUGGAAGCACAAGAUAAGUCGAAAAUCGGCCAUGAGCUCCCAUCAGAACCAUAUGUUUCAUUCACGAUGGAUGGUGCCGGAGCGCUAGAUGGGAGGACGCCUCCACAAUCCCCACGGAACCAUACAUCACCAAGGCGGUUUUUUGGAUUCAAGUCAACGCCAGUGGAGCUGAAGAAUGACUUGGGACAUGAGGAGGAAAUUGUGUUCGAUCACGCAACACAGCGCAACGAAUGGGAUCAAUCCUUGCCUUCGCCAAAGUACAGAAUGCUCGAAGAAAGAGUGGAGUUUCCACUUGGAAAUACGCAACAUGAUCUGGGAGAAAAGUGCUGUUUUCCAUCUCCAGGGGACACACGAGCAACAGGGAUGAACCACCGUUCCCCCAAGUCUCCAUUUUUUGAGAACUUGAAAGCCAGCGUUCAACCUUAUGGCGUAGAAGCACAGGAAAGCCCAUGGAACGAGUCCCCAGUGAUGGAGUCUUCCAAACCAUGGGAUAACUUGUCCCCUGUGGAAGUCCCGAAGCCGUCAAAGCAGUCACUCUUUCUGGACUCGCCAAAAGGUUGCAAUGAAUCAGCCAAACGAUUGUAUGGAUGGAUGGGUAAUGACGAAGCAGACAAAAGGAGUCCAAGCAAUCUACCUACGACAGUUCGUUCGGGGAGGAAUUCUUUUCUGAAGUCUAGAGACGUUACAGGAUGCUGGAAGGCACGCACGGAGGAGGAUGCAUUGGAAUGGCUUCAAGAUCUACAAGAUGACACAUUACAGAAAGGAGACCAACGAAGGUCUCCCGCGUACUUUGGAGGCAAACUCGAGCACCAAUGCACCACUAUCGUGUUCUGGAUACGACAAUGA